UGGCCGCAAACCCUAAUAAGAACUCCCAAAGCCUGAUUCUGCUCUCUUCCCGCUCGAACCAAGUUCGGGGAAGAAGAUGGAUCACAUAGCGGCAAUGGAAGAGCGAAUUGUGACGGAUAAAAUAAGAAGGAAGCUGGAAGAAGUGAAUACUGCAGCACAGAACCAGCUUCAACCCAUUCAAGAUCACGUUAAUUUCAACCUUCAGCAAUCAUACUUCAAAUGCGCUUACGAGUGCUUCGACAGGAGGCGACGCCAAGAGGAAAUAAAUAGUUGUGUAGAAAGUUGCAGUGUGCCUGUUCUCAAGGCCAACAAUCUUGUGGAGACCGAAAUGGCUCAAUUUCAGGAAAGGCUGAACCGGUCUCUGAUGGUCUGUCAAGAUAAGUUUGAGGCGGCGAAGCUGCAGCAGAUGAAGAGUGGAGCCAUGGGUGAGUUAGAGGCAUGCGUCAGUCAGGCUAUUGAGGACAACGUAAGGGUUCUCCCUCACAUAGUCAAUCGUCUCAAGAACUCCCUUUCUAUGAACUAAACAUUCUAUAAUUUCACUGCACGCAUUUUAAGGCAAAUUUCGUUACCUGUUACAAAUGUUGGAAUUGAAAUUUUGAUGUGGAGUUGUAGUAACAAACAAGUUAUGAUAAUGAGUUUCA